AUGGCUCUUCCAUUUCUACCAGGAAAUACUUUCAAUAGAAAUCUUGGUAAAGAGAAGUUUCACAAGUCACAUUAUCUGCAACUGAGGAACGAAACACCUUAUUCGUACGGUGAUGACAAACCAGGAAUUGGUGGGGAUGUUUUACCUGGACAGCGAACUGAGGCACCGACAAGUGUUUAUCCAUCAGGAAUAGGCAGUCAGCUCCCUCCAUGGCUAGCUUUUGAUAAACAGGCAUUAUCGUUUGAUGCGUAUUUUCAAGAAUCUGUCCACGAAAGACGAGAAGAGCAGUAUCGUAUUAGACGGUGUAAAAUAAUAUUCUAUCCAGAAGAUGACACCAUACAGAUUAUUGAACCGCGUAUUGCAAAUACUGGAAUGUCACAAGGUACAAUUGUUAAACGACAUCGUAUAAAUAAACCACCACCAAAUGAACAUCUCUACUAUACUGUACAUGAUUUCAAUGUGGGUACAGAGUUUAUAGCCUACGGGAAAACAUUUCGUAUUGUUGCCUGUGAUCAGUUUACAUCAAAUUUCCUAAGGAAACUUGGUGUACGCUUAGGUGAACCAGAGCCAAUACCAGAUGAUCCUUACAGUUUACACCGUAAAGCUUUCACUGAAAGUAUGCAACCACUUAGACCAUAUGAAAGAAUUGAUAAACUUCGUCAAUUUCUUGAUCAUGAUCGUCAUGUCUUAAGAUUUUUCUGUUUCUGGGAUGAUACAGAUUCUCUGUAUGGUGAUCCUAGAGAAAUGAUACUUAAUUACUUUUUGGCUGACGAUACAAUUGAAAUACGUGAAGUUAUACCAGCUAACUCUGGUCGUGAUGCUGUUCCAUGCUUUCUACGUCGUCAAAAACUACCGCGUACAGUUUCACCAUUACCUUUGCCUGGUGUAGUCACGGAUAGAACCUUAUUGAAUGUAUUUGGACAAGCACAAAGAGGUGGACACUAUGUACUCGAUAGUUUAAAGCUCGGCACACCUAAAGAUGACUUUUAUAAGGAUUAUGAUUUAACAAUUGGUGCUACUAUUAAUGUUUAUGGUCGAAAAUUCUUAAUAUGCGACUGUGAUGAAUUCACUAAAGAAUACUAUCGGAUUAAAUAUGGUCUGCGCGAUUUUACCCCAGUAAAGCCGAAAAUAUCCGAUACACGAGUCCCAUUGAAGCGUGAAAUUCCACCGUAUAAUGGUUGGGGUACUGAAGAAGAUUCUUUAGCUAAUUGUCAAAGUUUACUACCGAUGCCACCAAAUCGUAAUUUUAAAAAAUUCAUGGAAUUAGAUCGUCAAGGUUUAGAAUCACACGUUUUACGAUUUGCUGCUCGUUUAAUCUCUAACAGGCCAACAGAUCGUGAUCGUCAAUUUGUUAUUAGCUGUUAUCUCUCCGAUGAUACAAUUGCAAUCUACGAAACACAACAAAAGAAUUCAGGCUUUAUUGGUGGUCUAUUUCUUGAACGUUCAAAAGUUAAAAAACCCGGUAGUAAAUUAUUCGAUUCAAAACCAAUUGAAUAUUAUAAACCAGCUGAUUUAUAUAUUGGCGCUAUACUGAAUUUUAAUACAUUCAUAUUUGAAUUAAUCGAUGCUGAUGAUUAUACAUUAGAUUAUAUGGAGAAGAAUCAUGUACAAUUUACAAAAUCUGAUCUUAGAUUAAUUAUGAAUAAAUUAAAAGAAUUUAUACAUGAUAGAUGUGAUGAAAUGAUGAAGUCUGCAAUGAAUGAAGAUCCCAAUGGGACAGGGACAAUUAGUUAUGAUCAAAUGAAAUGUUUAAUUGAUCAGCUGACUGGUAAAGAGAAUGCUUUAACCACACAUGAGUUGAUUACAUUGGCAAGAUAUUAUGGUGUUAGACCACCUAAACAAAUUAGUUAUGAAAUUAUGCUUGGUAUAGCUCAACAAACACUUCGUAGACAUGCAUUUGAAGAUUUCUCCAGUCUACUGUUAGCCUGUCGUCAACAAGAUUCAGAGAAAACCGGUGAAAUUGAUCGUCAAACACUAAGACGUAUAUGUUUGGCACAUCGACUACCGUUACCUGAUGAUAUGGUGAAUUCUAUUAUGGAUUAUUCAAGUAAUCGUAAUGGUCUGAUACAAUAUGAAUUAUUUAUCAAUCAACUGAAUUGGAAAUGUCCACCAACUAAUGGUAUGCCUAUACAAGCACCAUGUGAUUAUACUGGUAAUAUUGAAGUCGACUGGUUAUCAAUGAGUAAAGGGGAUAAACCAAAAUCUCUCGGUUUAACACAGUCAACAUCAAAAGUUGAACGAAUUAAUUAUAAACAAUUAAUAAAUAAUUUAUGCGGAAUAGAAGAAAAAUGUGAAUAA